AAUUACAACAUCAGAACAUCAGAGGGGGAAAUAACACAUUGCUACUUGCCAUCCACCUUCUGGUCCUGCGGAGAGCAAAGAAAAAACACCAUCCUAGAGGAGUUUUCAUUCCAGAAGUGCUCCAAGAGACAUGGUGGACAAGUUCUGCAACUCUACUUUUUGGAAUUCCUCACUGCUGGACAGACCAGAUGCAGACCUUACACUUUGUUUUGAGCAAACUGUUCUUGUAUGGAUUCCUUUGUGCUUCCUUUGGCUCCUGGCCCCUUGGCAGCUUCUCCAUGGAUAUAGAUCCAGGACCAAGAAAUCUUCUAUAACUAAGUUUUACCUUGCUAAACAGGUGCUUGUUGGGUUUCUUCUUGUUAUGGCAGCCAUAGAGCUGGCCCUUGCAUUCACAGAAGACUCAGGGCAAGCCACAAUUCCUCCUGUGAAAUAUACCAAUCCAAUCCUCUACCUAAGCUCAUGGCUCCUGGUUUUGCUGAUCCAACACAGCAGACAAUGGUGCAGAAAUAAGAAUUCUUGGUUCCUGACCAUAUUCUGGAUUCUCUCAAUAUGCUGUAGCACUUUCCAAUUUCAGACUCUUAUCCGGGCACUCAUACAGGACAGCAGUACCAAUCUGGCCUAUUCCUGCCUGUUCUUCAUCUCUUAUGGAUUCCAGAUCCUGAUCCUGAUCCUUUCAGCAUUUUCAGAAAAAAGUGACUUAUCAAGUAAUCCAUUGUCCACAGCUUCGUUUCUGAGCAGCAUUACCUUCAGUUGGUAUGACAGUGUUGUUCUGAAAGGUUACAAGCAACCAUUGACACAUGAAGAUGUCUGGGAUAUUGACGAAGAACUUAAAACCAAGGCAGUAGUAAGCAAGUUUGAAGUAUUCAUGACAAGUGAGCUGCAGAAGGCCAAGCGGGCAUUACAGAGGCAGCAGCAGAAGUCCCAGAAGAACUCUGAAGCAAUGCCACAUGGCUUGAACAAGAACCAGAGCCAAAGCCAAGAUGUCCUUGUCCUGGAAGAAGCUAAAAAGAAAAAGAAGUCUAGGACUGCAAAACACUUUCCCAAAUCCUGGCUGAUUAAGGCCCUCUUCAAAACUUUCUACGUGGUGCUUCUGAAGUCAUUCAUAAUGAAACUAGUGCAUGAUGUCUCUUUGUUUCUGAAUCCUCAGGUGCUGAAGUGGUUGAUUGCCUUUGUGAGUGACAAGGACUCAUAUGUGUGGACUGGAUAUAUCUAUGUCAUCCUCUUAUUUGUUACGAGUCUCCUCCAGUCUCUCUGCCUUCAGUCUUACUUUCAAAUGUGUUUUGUCCUGGGAAUGAGUGUCCGGACAACCAUCAUGGCUUCUGUGUAUAAGAAGGCACUGACCUUGUCCAACGCAAACAGGAAGGAGUACACCAUUGGAGAAACAGUGAACCUGAUGUCUGUGGAUGCCCAGAAGCUCAUGGAUGUGUCCAGCUACAUUCACUUGCUGUGGUCAAGUGUCCUACAGAUUGCCUUAUCCAUCUUAUUCCUGUGGCAAGAGUUGGGGCCUUCAGUCUUAGCAGGUGUAGGGGUGAUGGUUCUCUUAGUUCCAAUUAAUGGAAUACUGGUCCACAAGAAUAGAAAUAUUCAGUUCAAAACUAUGAAGUAUAAAGACAAACGUUUAAAGCUCAUGAAUGAGAUUCUCAGUGGAAUCAAGAUCCUAAAAUAUUUUGCCUGGGAGCCUUCAUUCAAAGACCAAAUCAACAAUUUUCGGAAGAAAGAGCUGAGGAACCUGCUGCAUUUUGGUCAGCUGCAGUCUGUGAUAAUGCUCUUCUUACAAUUAGCUCCUAUCCUGGUGUCUGUGACUACAUUUUCUGUUUAUGUUCUUGUGGAUAGCAACAAUAUUUUGGAUGCAGAAAAGGCCUUCACUUCCAUCACUCUCUUCAAUAUCCUGCGCUUUCCCCUAACCAUGCUUCCCUUGGUGAUCUCUGUCGUUGUCCAGGCCAGUGUUUCUACAGAACGGCUAGAGAAGUACUUGGGAGGGGAUGACAUGGACACAUCUGCCAUUCGGCAUGUCUGCAAUUUUGACAAAGCUGUGCAGUUUUCUGAGGCCUCCUUUACCUGGGACCGGGACUUGGAAGCCACAAUCCAAGAUGUGAACCUGGACAUAAUGCCAGGGCAGCUGGUGGCUGUGGUGGGUAAUGUGGGCUGCGGGAAAUCUUCCUUGCUGUCAGCUAUGCUGGGAGAAAUGGAAAAUGUCCAUGGGCAUAUCACCAUCAAGGGUACUACGGCUUAUGUCCCUCAGCAGUCCUGGAUUCAGAAUGGCACCAUAAAAGAAAACAUCCUUUUUGGAUCAGAGUUUAAUGAAAAAAGGUAUCAGCAAGUUCUGGAGGCCUGUGCUCUCCUCUCAGACUUGGAAGUAUUACCUGGAGGAGACCUGGCUGAAAUUGGAGAGAAGGGUAUAAAUCUCAGUGGUGGCCAGAAGCAGCGAAUCAGCCUGGCGAGAGCUGCCUAUCAAGAUUUAGACAUCUAUGUUCUGGACGACCCUCUGUCAGCUGUGGACGCUCAUGUAGGAAAGCAUAUUUUCAAUAAGGUCUUGGGCCCCAACGGCCUAUUAAACAGCAAGACUCGACUGUUGGUUACACACAGCAUCCACUUUCUUCCCCAAGUGGAUGAGAUUGUGGUUCUGAAGAAUGGCACUAUCUUGGAGAAAGGAUCCUACAGUGCUCUGCUGGCCAAACAAGGAGUAUUUGCUAAGAAUCUGAAGACAUUCACGAGACAUUCAGAUUCUGAAGGGGAGGCCACAGUCAAUGAUGGUGAUGAAGAAGAUGAUGACAGUGGACUGAUAUCCAGCAUAGAGGAAUUCCCUGAGGAUGCAGUCUCCUUGUCCAUGAAAAGAGAGAACAGUCUUCAUCGAACUAUGAGCCGCAGGUCCAGCAGCCGGCAUCUGAAGCCCUUGAAAAACUCCUUUGGAACUCAGAAUGCCCUAAAGGAGGAAGAAGAAUCAGUGAAAGGACAAAAACUAAUUAAGAAGGAAUUCAUGGAAAGGGGAAAGGUGAAGAUUGGCAACUACAUGAAAUACCUACAAGCAAUGAGAUGGCAUUCAAUAGCCUUCAUUGUCUUUUUCUACAUGAUGAAUUCUGUGGCUUUUAUUGGAUCCAAUCUUUGGCUCAGUGCUUGGACCAGGGACUCUAACACUUUCAACAGCACCAACUAUCCAGCCUCUCAGAGAGACAUGAGAAUUGGGGUCUAUGGAAGUCUGGGAGUAGCACAAGCCAUAUUUGUGGUUAUAGCAAGUCUCUUGAGUGUGUACAGCUGCAACCAUGCAUCAAAAACCUUGCACGGGCAACUGCUCAUCAACAUCCUUCACGCACCUAUGAGUUUUUUUGAUACAACGCCCACAGGCCGGAUUGUGAACAGGUUUUCUGGUGAUAUUUCCACCGUGGAUGAAUCCCUCCCUCAGACCUUGCGCAGCUGGCUGAUGUGCUUCCUGGGGAUAGUGAGCAUUCUUGUCAUGAUCUGCAUGGCUACCCCUGUAUUUGCCAUCAUUAUCAUUCCUCUUGGCAUUAUUUAUGUGUCUGUCCAGGUGUUCUAUGUGGCUACUUCCCGCCAGCUGAGACGUCUGGACUCUGUCAGUAGAUCCCCCAUCUACUCUCACUUUAGUGAGACAGUUACAGGUUUGCCUGUUAUCCGUGCCUUUGAGAGCCAGCAGCGAUUUCUAAUGUGCAAUGAGAGGGCAAUUGACACCAACCAGAAAUGUGUCUUUUCCUGGAUUAUCUCAAACAGAUGGCUUGCAAUUCGCCUGGAGUUUGUUGGGAACCUGGUUGUCUUCUGUUCUUCCUUGCUGAUGGUUAUUUAUAAAAGCACCUUAACUGGGGACACUGUGGGCUUUGUUUUGUCCAAUGCCCUUAAUAUCACACAAACCCUGAAUUGGCUAGUGAGGAUGACAUCAGAAACAGAGACCAACAUUGUGGCUGUUGAGCGAAUAAAUGAGUACAGUAAUGUGAAAAAUGAGGCACCCUGGAUUUCUGAUAAGAGGCCUCCGGCAGAUUGGCCCAGCAAAGGUGAGAUCCACUUUAGCAACUACCAAGUACGGUACCGGGAUGAGCUGGAUCUUGUACUGAAGGGGAUCACUUGUGACAUCGGGAGCACUGAGAAGAUUGGUGUAGUGGGCAGAACAGGAGCUGGAAAGUCAUCACUUGUAAGCUGCCUCUUCAGAAUCUUAGAGUCUGCUGGUGGACAGAUCAUCAUUGAUGGAGUAGAUAUUGCUUCUAUUGGGCUCCACGACCUCCGAGGGAAACUGACCAUCAUCCCCCAGGACCCCAUUUUGUUCUCUGGAAGCCUAAGGAUGAAUCUUGACCCUUUCAACAACUAUUCAGAUGAGGAGAUAUGGACAGUCCUGGAGUUGGCUCACCUCAAGUCUUUUGUGAGUGGCCUACAACUUGGAUUGUCUCAUGAGGUGACAGAGGCUGGUGACAACCUGAGCCAAGGGCAGAAGCAGCUCCUGUGUCUGGGCAGGGCUCUGCUUCGGAAAUCCAAGAUUCUGGUCCUGGAUGAGGCUACCGCUGCUGUGGAUCUAGAGACAGACCAACUCAUCCAGACAACCAUCCGGAAUGAGUUCUCCCAAUCUACUGUUAUCACCAUUGCCCACAGGCUACACACCAUCAUGGACAGCAACAAGAUAAUGGUCCUAGACAAUGGGAUUAUUGUGGAGUAUGGCAGCCCUGAAGAACUGCUGGAGAGGUCUGGCCCCUUCUAUUUUAUGGCCAAGGAAGCUGGCAUUGAGAAAAUGAACGAUACAAUGCUCUAGAAGCAGAUCGCAUGGGGGAGAAAAGGACUAUAAGGAUCAUUUCUCUGUGUGUGUGUGUGUGUGUGUGCACGCAUGUGUGUGUGAAAUAUGUCAUGUGCAGAGCUGUGUGUAAGAUGCACAUUUGUUUAGCUCAGUCUCGCUGUGUUGCUCAGACUGGCAUCAAACUCUUGGGCUCCAGUUAUCCUCCUGCCUCAACCUGCUGAGUAAAAUACAUUUGAAGAAUCGUGAGUGAAUACCCAUGUGCCCACUAUCCAGAUUAAGAAAAUGAAUACUAUCAGGAGCCUUAGAAGCCCCUCAGUUGUCCCACCUUGAUCAUAGCUUCUCGCCACCCAUCUCUUCCAUACACAAUGACUGUCCUGAAUUUCAUUAUAGUUGUUCCCUUGCCUUCCUUUUAGUUUUCCCACCUUUGUGUGCAUUAUUAAACAAUGUUUAUAAAAUCUCAUGUAAAUACACUCACACUGCAUGCA